CGGUCCACCUUAAAUCGCUCGCUCUCUGCCCCACGUGACCGUAUUCCUGGAAAGUUCCUGGAAAUGCUUCUUUUGUGUUUAUGGUGAUCUGGUUAUUAGACGGCGGUCUGUCCUCAGCGCAGUGACGGGCGGACGGACUCCACGCUCGGGACACACACGGUGCUUUAAAGCGCUCAGAGGAACGGAAGCAAAUCGGUGUUUUUGUUUGUAUGUUUGUUUGUUUGUUUAACGCCCCCCCCCCCCCCCGGAGCGCUGCUUCUUUCACUGACUGAUUGACGGUUGAAGAUUAUUUGUCGACGUCGGUUCGUCUCCGCACCGACCCGCCAUUAGUGCGCCAACAGACAGAGAACAGGACCGAACAUACAAACCGACAGCGACUCUUCUGUGGAUUUUACACCGUAAAUGUGACCGCCAUGUCGGACUGUUCGUGGAGGAUAAACUGGCAUCGCUGGUUCUGAGCCAACGGCUUUUAAGCUAGUUAUCAGAUAGCUCCCGCCACCGAGCCGCUCAGUCGCUGCGGCAGCCCGGCCCAUGUCCUGUCCGUGGGCCUGGAUCUAGGCUGAAGGUUGGAUCGGCCCGAUGACCUGCCAGUCCUCCGAGUCCACAGAAACCAUCGAGAGCGACAGACGAGCCGACAACAACUCCAGGGCUGUGGAAUCUGACGAGAGCCACAUCGCCUCGGCCAUGAAGGACCUGAAGAACACAGGCUGGUACUGGGGCAGUCUGACGGCUAACGAAGCCAAAGAGAUCCUGCAGGACGCCUCAGAGGGGACCUUCCUGGUGCGGGACAGCUCUCAGCAGGACUACCUGUUCACCAUCUCGGCCAUGACGUCGGCGGGUCCCACUAACCUGCGCAUCGAGUACAAACACGGGAAGUUCAAGCUGGACUCUGUGGUUCUGGUGAAGCCCAAGCUGAAGCAGUUUGACAGUGUGGUGCACCUGGUGGAGCAUUACGUGCAGCUGUCCCGCACCGGCGACAAGGCAGCGGCACCGGCGAACUCUCAGCCCUCCUCCUCCUCCUCCUCGGUAGCGGCGCCCAACGGCACGGUGCAGCUGCUGCUCACCAAGCCGGCGUACACCGCCACGCCGCCGCUGCAGCACCUCUGUCGCAUCGCCAUCAACAGGACAACGCGGCGAGUCAGAGAUCUGCCGCUGCCCAACAGACUGAAGGACUACCUGACGGACUACACCUACAACGUGUAGCUCGUCCCAUCAUGCACUGCUCCGACAACAAUACACUGCAGGAACAAACUGUUACUGCUCGGUGCUGCAGAAGCUGAGCUGAGAACUUCUCCCGUCAGAGACACAGAAACUUCUGAUACAAACUUUUCUCCUUCAUUAUAAUCAAUAAAUCAAACGGUUCUGAUCAUCUGUUAGUUUACGUGUCUGAAUAAUAAGGAACCACUUUAAUAUCCUCAACCUCUGAACAAACCUUCGUCGUGUUAAAUCCAUUAUUUAGUGUUUACAGAGUUCAUCGGAGCCCAAAGUCGUCACAAUUUAUUUCAUUAUUUGUGUCCAGAAAGAUUUUUAAUUUAUGAAAUAAAGGAAAUGUGAUUAUUCUGAGGUUAAAAUCCCAAAUGUUGAAGAAAGAACAUUUGGAUAAAAGAAGUUUCUGUAUUGGAUCAAAAUGAAUCUAUAAAGUAAUUAACAAACUUAUUGUUCAGAGAUGAAACUUCUGAUUCGACGUCACGUUCUCUCUGCAGACGCGUCGUCCUUCAGAGCAGGAAACGAGGCCUCUGAUUGGCCGACGGACGACCAUGAAAAGUGUCCUGAUCGAUGAGCAGCGGAGAAAACAAACAGACUUCUGCGAGUUGUUUUUCCUCCCGACUCGCGUCACACGUGGACUCUGGCCUCCUCGUUUACAGCCGCAGAGGAAACGUUCCUUCAAAGGUUUUAAGUUUGGAAGCGUUUACAAAAACAAUUUGCCCCUUUGAUUUAUGGAACUAAAAUAAAUGACUCGAUAAAUACAUUAAUAUGCUGUUAAAUGUACCAAACAUAAUAUUAGAAAUAAAUGUAGACCUUGAUGAAAUGAUACAUAAAUGGAUAUUGUAUUUACCUUUUGUAUUAAUUCCCCUAUUUAUUUAGUUUCUUAUUUAAUUUUCUUAUUUUAAACAUUUCUUUUAUUUAUAAUAAUAAAUAAAUCAAAGUGAAAUUAAAUAGAAAAGUAGUAAUUUGACACAUUUUAAUUAAUUAAUGCCUACAUUUAUUUUUGAUGUAAUCUUUUGUACAUUUAAUGCCAAUUUUAAUUUAUUCAAGUUAUUUUUUUAUCCUUCCACAUCGAUAGUUUUUAUGGGGCAAAUACCUUGAAUUGACUUUAAUUAUUUCUGACACCAAUAAUAAUUGAAUACAAAGACGACUUUAAACAAGAGUGAAUUCUUUAUUUAGGAUCCGGCUGCAUCUUAAAGUUAAAACGAUGAACAGCCUUAAAGUGAAGCUGGAAGCAGACGUGAUGACUGAACAUGUAGAACAGAGUAACUCUGGUUAACUAUUAACUUUAUUCCAUAAAGACUUUAGUUUGGGCAGUUUGUUGCUCAGCGUGCAGCUCUGCGCUCUCAUUGCGUUGAAGUGUAACGCUGGAGACCAGCAUUCCUUGUUGAUGGUUCACUAACUCGUGUGGAACCUGAAGCUUCUUGUAAAGAGACUUAGGGUUAGGGUGAUCCAUCAAGUAGCAGAUGAAACGCGUGACGAUGGCGCUCCUGCGACUCGUGGGAUCAGUUGUUUCCAGCUUCUUGGCGUCUCUCCAGGUUUUUAGGAUCAGUUCAGGUCCGCGAUGUGAUCAUUUACCAGGAGGUCACUCAGGUAAACGGGACUUCGUUGCACACGUUCGUCAGCAGUUUCUGUUAAUAUCUAUUCCUCUUUUUAUCUUUUAUGUUUGUGUGGAGGGCUAAUCAUUGUUUCCUCCUCCAGCCACGAUUCCACGGAGAUAAAGUGCGUGUUCUCGAGACAUAAAAACUCUUGAAAUGAAUAAAUCUUUAUUACUGGACAUAAGAACAACGAGCAGAUCUUUGUACAUAUCGCUCCUGAUUCCUAAAGAAUAUUUAUUGAUUGUGUCGCACUGUGUUUUCUGGUACAGUUUUUUGUAAAGCCUCUGAAAGCAUGCGCUGCAAUGAUCCAUGAGAGAAAUAAAGUUUUAUAUGGUGCUU